AUGCCCAAAAAACCAGCAAAGUAUGGCAUUAAAUUUUGGUUAUUAUGUGAUUUUGAUACUCGAUAUGUUCUUGCAUUAGAAUUAUACACGGGAAAAAUAGAAAAUGUUGUUCAACGAAAUCUUUCUACAAAUGUAGUUUUACGUCUGAUUGAUCAAUUGCCUAGUAAUAUACAACAAGGUCGCAAUGUCACUUAUGACCGUUAUUUCACAGAUUUCAACUUGACUCAAGCUUUAUUAGAAUGCAAAAUGACUUCACUUGGUGUUGUUGAUCAUAAACGAUCUUUUGUUCCGAUUGAAUUAAAAGUUGUCCGAAGUGACCUGUACUCAUCAUGGUUUUAUUUUAAUGGUUCAAAUGUAAUAUUAUCUUACCAAGCAAAAAAAAAGAAACUACCUAUUAUUUUACUAUCAACAUCACAUGAGUUGCCGGAAAUAUUUGAUGAUGACAAAAAGCUUCCAACUAUGAUUCAUGAUUAUAAUCAAACCUAG